AACAUGAGCGUGUGCGUGGCGGCGUGCGCGUCGCUGCAGCCGUGUCUCGACACUUGCUACGUCUACGACGGCUGGCGCGCCCCGCCCUCGCUAUCGCACGACGUCGCAUUCUCCAUCGCAGGCGGCGUGAGCGUGGUGGGCGCGGCAGUGGCGGCGUGCAUCAUGGCCAGCACGCUCGCGCUCGACCUGCCCUCGCUGCAGGCGCUGGCAGGCGGGAGAGACAAGGCCGCGCGCAGAAAGGCGCGCGCAGUGCUGCGGGUGCGGCGCCACGGCAACCUGCUGCUAGCCGCGCUGCUGCUCGCCAGCUGCCUCGCCUCCACCCUCGCCGCCGCCGCCUUCACCGAGCUGUUGGGAGUGGGGUGGGGGUCGCUCUGCGCCUUCUCUCUGCUCUUCCUCUGCGCUGAGAUCCUGCCCCCCGCCCUCUGCACCAACCGGAGUCUGCAGGUGGCGGGGGCCACGGCGUGGGCGGCCAUGGCGGCGCUGAUAGUGCUGUUCCCAGCAGCGUGGCCUGUGGGGCUGCUGCUGGACUGGCUUGUGGCGGGCAGCGGGCACACCCCGGAUUAUGGCGAUGGGGUUGUGAAGUGCUGCCUGGCUCCCGAACCUCAGCAGCAGGAGGACGACGAGGGAGGGGGCGACGCGUGUAAUCCAGGGGAAAGGGGUGGGGUGGAGAGAAGGAGUGGGGAGCAAUGGAUGCAGAGGGGGAGGUGGGAGAGAGGAGGUGCGGGGAGGGUGUCAUUGGUGGUGGUGGCGGCAGGAAGGAGAGCAGGCAGGGGGAGGGCGAAUACGAGUGGGAGGGGCAGGAGGGGACGAGCGUGGAAGCUUCUUGUGGAGGGGCACGUGGCGAUGGGGGCGAGAAGGAGGUGUGCAGGAAGAGUGGGGGGGAGGAGGUUGAUGGGAUGGGUAGUGGUGAUGAGGGGGCGAGCAGCGGGCGUGCGGCGGUGCAGAUGGUGGCGCUGCACUCAUCCCUGCAUGCCGCCCCUUCGCCAUCACCUUCCCUCACUCUCUCACAUGCCGCCCUCGCUGCCCCGCCCUCCCUCCCACCCCAUGCACCUCCCCCCUUCCUGCACGCCUCCGCCCUCUCGUGCCCUGUGCCCCCUGCCGGCCCCCUCCACCGCCCCAGUCCCCCCAGCGCCGCCCCCCUGGUUCCUGCAGUCGUGGGAGCACGCUGCCGUGUGGGCGCGCCUCGCUGCUGUGCCGCCCACACCCGUUGCCCCGGGAGCCCUUCCCGGUGUGUCUGCCCCUGCAGUGCAGGCUGCUGAUCGGAGUGCAAAGGCCCGGGGGGGGACAACAUGCAUCAAGUGAGCGAGAGCAGAGGUCAGCAGCUUGCUGAUUCCACCGCCCCCCCAGCUGCCGUCCCCCUCUUCCCCUGUCGUCCUCCACCCCCUGUGGCGCCACCGCCCCUCCCUGCCCGCUGCUGGGCCCUCCUCCCGUGAAUCAAGGGCCCCCACCAACCCGAGCGCAUGAGCCCAUGGCUGCGGUGGCUCCCCCCCACUCACCGACCCAACAACGCCCCCAAGCAAGCACCUGUUUCCAAACGCCUGAAGCAAGCACCUGGUUCCAAACGCCUGAAGCAAGCACCUGGUUCCAAACGCCUGAAGCAAGCACCUGGUUCCAAACGCCUGAAGCAAGCACCUGGUUCCAAACGCCUGAAGCAAGCACCUGGUUCCAAACGCCUGAAGCAACUGGCCCCUCGAGACUGCAAGACUAACACACGCUUUUACAGCGCCUAGUGUUGCUGCCAUAACAGUGCUCUCAGUUGUACUGCAGCAUUGGGGAUGCUGAGCAGCUGUACCUCAGAAGUACUGUAGAUGUAAAAACAUGACAGUAGACGUACAGGAGCUUGUACCUUGUGUGCAUAGUGAAGCAGAGCUGCCUGCAGGCAAGGUGUGAUAAAAGGAGAUUGCAGAC